AGGAGCUCAAGCCCUGUCAAAGCUAUACAAGAAUGUGCGCCUCACCUUUAUCAUCAAUUUCGCAUCAAUCAGAUCUGAAUUUGGGGGCAAGCCUCCCUUCAGCGCGACAGUGACAAGGGUCUCAUGUCUCCCAACGCACGGCGGUUGCGGUCUGGCGCGCUCUUGUGUGUAGCGGUAGCCUGGUGCCAAUCAGACGCGUCGGCAUCGUGGGUGCUGCCCUGCCUUCCACGGCCAGAUGCUUCGGGCACGGCCCCUCAACGCAGCUCCUCCCCCGUGCGGCGGCGCGCGGGGCCCGGGGAGCUUCCAGGGCUGGACAUCUCCACAGGCGACCUGGCGCUGGGUGGCUUGCUGCUGGCCUUUUGCGCAGCUUACCUCCCAGAGGCCCUAGGAUUCAAUGGAGCAGCCUACAAGGUGGGCGGCUUUCGCUACUUCAUCAACCGAGGCCAUGAGGCCUUCUCUGAAGCUGUGCACCAGCUGGCAGUGGAGUAUCCAGGUUACAAAGAUGACACGAUCUUCACCUACUUCGACACCUUCGAAGAGACCUUGCCACAGCUGGGCUCGGCAAAGCGACAUGUGAGGCUCCUUGAUCGAGGCACGGUCCAUGGAUCGGUGUGUACACUGGGGCCGCUAGGAUUGAUGCUGAAAAGGCAAGUAAAGUCGAUCAGUGGUUUCGAACAGAUAGGUUGGCAGUAAAUCAAAGAGGUGGGUCCUCAGAUCAAUGCCAAGUUGACA